GUUCCCACCACUCCUCCCCAUUCUGUCAUUUUAAAGGCAGCUCUGCAGGAGGCUUUCUUCUUCUUACCCACAGCCAUGUAUCUCUCCUGGUUUCUGCUCUUUGCCACAGUGUCUGCGGUGCGUGGAGCUGUGGUGCCCUAUGCCUUAUGGCAGUUUGGUAACAUGAUCCAGUGCGCCCAGCCUGGUGUGAAUCCUCUUAUCUACAACAACUACGGCUGCUUCUGUGGGCUUGGAGGGUCCGGCUCACCCAAAGACCAGCUGGACCGGUGCUGUCAAGUGCAUGACCAGUGCUAUACAAAUGCCAAGAAACUUCCAGAAUGUACCUUUUUAGACCCAUACGUCAAGGUCUAUUCUCACUCCUGUUCCAACAAAAAGGCCUCCUGCUCAGGAUCCAACGCUAAAUGUGAGGCCGCAGUGUGUGAAUGCGACCGGGUUGCUGCCCACUGCUUCGCCCAGUAUAAUCACGUUUACAACUCUGCCUACAAGAACCUCAGCCAAAGCCAGUGUAAAUGAGACGCUGACCCCAGAUGUGGAGUGAAAUCUGUAAUUGAUACGUUUUCUGUGUAAUUUACAAGAAAAAAAAUAUUGCUUACAAUAAUAACCAUGCUGACAAAAACAGA